AUUUACCAAUAUGUAAGGCAGUAGUACGCAGCUAGCCAUUGUUACACUUACAUCUAUGAGUCGAGUAGAAAAAAAGUAAAAGAUCAUAAGCUGCAUUUGUACAGCCACCCUACAUAGACGUACUGCAUUUGUAAGAGAUCAUAAAAGUCGAGUAGAAUAACAUCUCACCCCCACAUAUAUAAUAGACAAAUCGGAUUCAACCAAUUAAGUAGUGUUGCCACACUAACAAUGACUAAUACCCAACAUAGACGACUGAGUUAUGACUUCGAGAAGCCAUGGUUGGCAUAUGUAUACGACUGACUUGUGCAAGUCAAAGAUUAUGUCACAACUUGAGAACUUGGCCACAUGCACCACACUCGCAGCAAGGUAAUUUCCACCAGUCACAACUAGAUAAGAAAAAUAUAUCUGCUCAUCAACUAGUCAAAGAUUAUGGCAACACAACUUGUGAAGAACUUGGCCACACUUGCAGCGAGGUAAUUUUCACCAACCACAACUAGAGAAAUAUCUGCACACCGACAUCACAACUAGCUUUCAUUGACCUUGACUUUGCAAUGUAAAACUGAUUCCCUUCUAGCUCAGUCCACACGUGCUUGAUAGAAGCCAGCAAAAGUAUGAUCCAAAGAAACAAUAUUUUGCAGUGCACAAUACAAUCAAUACUGCAGGAGUUGGUCAGGGGAUGCUUUUCCAGAGAAUCUGACCAACUGCAGCAAAAUACAGUCAAAUAGUACAGGGCAAGCUUGCUUAUGUGAUUAUGUUUAUCCAUCUUUCUUCACUUCGCUUAGUAACUUCUUCUGGUCAUCAGGAGACAUGGAUAGCAUUAAGCGUCUCUCCUUGCUCCAACAUCUCCUCUUCUUCUUCUUCCUCGUCCUUGAUCUUUCAGAGCUUGCUGUCGGGAAACAAGACCAAUUCGUCUACUACGGUUUCGCUGGUGCCACCCUCGCCCUCGACGGUGUGGCCACCAUCACACCAGACGGCCUUCUUGAGCUGACCAACGGCACCUUCCGGCUCAGAGGUCAUGCUUUCCACCCGACUCCAUUUUACUUCGGCAAGACGCCCAACGGGACAGCAGUUCAGGCGCCUCAGUCCUUCGCUGUCUCCUAUGUGUUUGCCAUCUACUGCGUCCAGGCCCAGACCUGCGGCCACGGCAUGGCCUCCGUCGUCGCCGCAAGCAGCAACUUCUCCGACACCAUGCCCACACAGUACCUGGGGCUCAUCAACGACCACAACAACGGCGACCCAGCCAACCGCUUCUUCGCUGUCGAGCUCGACACCAACUGGAAUGACGAGUUCAAGGACAUCAACAACAACCAUGUCGGGAUCGACAUCAACGACCUCGUCUCCGUCAACUCCAGCAGCGCCGGCUAUUACGACGACAGCAACGAGGGUAACUUCCAAAACCUGACGCUCGCGAGCUAUGAAAUGAUGCAGGUGUGGGUGGAGUAUGAUGGAGGACGCAGGCAGAUCAGUGUGAGCUUGGCUCCCAUAAACAUGGCCAAACCCACAAAACCACUGCUCUCCACCAGCUACAACCUCUCAACGGUGCUCCCAGAUAUGGUUUAUGUCGGCUUCUCUGCCUCAACGGGCUCAUUCGACUCGCGCCAGUAUGUGCUUGGUUGGAGCUUCGGCAUCAACAGGCCUGCUCCAGCAAUUGACAUCACCAAGCUGCCCAAGCUGCCUCGUCAAGGCCCCAAGCCUAGAUCCAAGGUACUGGAAAUCGUACUGCCAAUAGUUUCCGCAGCAUUUGUUCUUGCUGUGGGCGCCACUGUCAUUCUCCUUGUCCGAAGGCGACUACGAUAUGCCGAGCUUAGAGAAGAUUGGGAAACUGAAUUUGGGCCCCAUAGGUUUUCAUACAAGGACUUGUUUCACGCCACCAAGGGAUUUAAGAACAAGAAUCUACUGGGAUUUGGAGGAUUUGGAAAGGUGUACAAGGGUGUGCUUCCAAUGUCUAAAGUGGAGAUCGCUGUGAAAAGGAUCUCCCAUGACUCUAAGCAGGGGAUGAAGGAAUUUGUCGCUGAGGUUGCGAGCAUCGGCCGCCUCCAACACCGCAAUAUUGUGCAGUUGCAUGGUUAUUGCCGUCGCAAGGCUGAGCUCCUUUUGGUGUAUGAAUACAUGUCCAAUGGAAGCCUUGACAAGUACCUGUAUGAUCAGGAGAAGAGGCCUACUUUAACUUGGGCCCAGAGAUACAAAAUCAUCAAAGACAUUGCGUCUGCCUUGCUUUACCUUCACCAGGAAUGGGAGAAAGUUGUAUUGCAUCGAGACAUCAAGCCAAGCAAUGUGCUCCUCGAUGAUGGACUGAAUGGGCGACUAGGUGAUUUCGGCUUAGCAAGGUUAUAUGACCACGAGACUGGCCCUCAAACUACACAUGUUGUUGGCACCAUUGGAUACCUAGCUCCUGAGCUAGCACACACCAACAAAGCAACCCCACUUAGUGAUGUGUUUUCCUUUGGCAUGUUUGUUCUCGAAGUCACCUGUGGACGGAAGCCCAUCGAGACAACAUCACAAGGCAACCAACUCACCUUGGUCAACUGGGUGAUUGACCAUUGGCACCAAGGAUUUCUCACAGAUGCAGUGGAUACCAAGCUCCAAGGUGCGUACAAUGUUGAUGAGGCAUGCCUAGCUCUCAAGUUAGGAUUGCUGUGCUCACACCCACUAAUCAGUUUAAGGCCCAACAUGAGGCAGGUUAUGCAGUAUCUCAAUGGUGAUAUGUCACCCCCAGAUCUGAAUCUGACACACAUGACCUUCAACAUUUCAUCCUUGAUGCAGAAUGAAGUUUCAAUAGACGACGUGCGUGCAGCCUUGAUGGUGUAAAUUCCACUUUCUUCUUAUUCCAAUUUAGAUGCACAUUUUUUCCAAACUCUACCAUUGAAUCAAUAUAUGAUGUGCAAUAAAUUCAUACAUGUGGAAGACGUAUAAUAAUUUUCCCGACCCCACCUAGUGUGGAAGCUUCUACAACUGGGUUUGUCCUUUUUCUUACGGUUGAGUUUGUCUUUGUUUGGACUGUGUGCAUCUUGUUCUGUAGAGACAGUGUGUGAACUCAAUGCAGUCGCAUCGUCUCGAUGCAACAUUGGAGUCAAUAAAGCUCCCAUUGCUGAAAGAAGGGUAGUCCUUUGACAAUUCAUGACAAUGACAAUGCGGCAUGCUACACUGCUAGACGUCUGCCUUUAUCAAGCCAAGCACGUGUGGCCAUGGAAAAGCUACAUGGACGACUGACUUGUGAGGCCAUGUGUAGUAGUCAAUAUGGAAAGCUAUGUAUAGACGCAGAUGAAGACCAUGAAAUAAAUUAUGAAGGCAUGCGUGGCUACAAAUAAACUACAGCCGUGCAGCAAAGAUCUUCCCACAACUUUUGCCUAAGCAUCUAUCCUGAAAGUCAUUCCCCCCAAAAAAAAAUCUAUACUGAAAGUCAUAUUCCUUCCUUCGUACGUAAUCUUUACACAUGACUAUUAAGUCAGUCUCUUGAAAAAAUUACUGGAGCUAUGUGUCUAGCAGAUAUUAAGUUGAUUCCUCACCUUUAUCUAGUAAUGAUAAAUAGCUACCAUAAGUAAAACAUAAUUAAAUUGAAAUUUUAUUCUGAUUUAUGCUCCAGACUGUGUAAAUUUGGGUUUCAGUUCUUUUCAGCAAACAGUGAAAUAUUUAUUGCUUAAUAUACAAAUCAGAAAAAACAUGGUGCAGUCAUCAUGCAUCAAGAUAGCCUGGGAAAAAUAGUGGAACUCUCGU